GAUUCUCCAUACUCCAUACGCCGGUAGCGUACGCGGCGCGUCGUGUUGUUACGUAGCCAUAUGCACGCAGGGGGAGUGAGAGGAGCAUGAAUGGAGCAAAAUGGCGGAUCAUGUGCAGAGCCUAGCCCAGCUAGAGAUCCUGUGUAAGCAGCUGUACGAGACGACGGACACGAGCACGCGACUGCAGGCCGAGAAAGCGCUCGUCGAGUUCACCAACAGUCCCGAGUGUCUGAGUAAAUGCCAGCUGCUGCUGGAGAGGGGCAGCUCGUCUUACUCUCAGCUGCUCGCAGCCACGUGCCUCUCCAAGCUGGUGUCCCGCACAAGCAACCCUCUGCCACUGGAACAGCGCAUCGACAUCCGUAAUUACGUGCUGAACUACCUGGCGACGCGGCCGAAGCUCGCCGCGUUCGUCACUCAGGCUCUGAUUCAGCUCUACGCCCGGAUCACUAAACUCGGCUGGUUCGACUGUCAGAAGGAGGAUUACGUCUUCAGGAAUGUCAUCGUUGACGUCACGAGAUUCCUGCAGGACAGCGUUGAGCACUGCAUUAUCGGAGUCACGAUUCUUUCCCAGUUAACCAAUGAGAUUAACCAAGCCGAUACGACGCAUCCACUUACGAAACACAGGAAGAUCGCGUCCUCGUUCAGAGAUUCUUCCUUGUUUGACAUCUUCACACUUUCCUGUAAUCUCCUCAAACAGGCGUCGGGAAAAAACCUGAACCUGAACGAUGAAGGUCAGCACGGUUUGCUCAUGCAGCUCCUGAAACUCGCUCACAACUGCCUCAACUUCGAUUUCAUUGGCACGUCCACAGACGAGUCCUCAGACGACCUGUGCACCGUCCAGAUCCCCACCAGCUGGAGAUCAGCCUUUCUGGACUCGUCGACACUGCAGCUGUUUUUCGAUCUGUACCAUUCCAUCCCUCCAUCCCUUUCUCCCCUGGUUUUAUCAUGUUUAGUCCAGAUCGCAUCGGUGCGGCGUUCGCUGUUCAACAACGCUGAGCGAGCAAAGUUCCUCUCCCAUCUUGUUGAUGGCGUUAAGAGAAUAUUGGAGAACCCACAGAGUUUAUCGGACCCAAAUAAUUACCACGAGUUUUGCCGAUUGCUGGCACGACUGAAGAGCAACUAUCAGCUGGGUGAGUUGGUGAAAGUGGAGAAUUAUCCAGAGGUUAUAAGGCUCAUCGCCAACUUCACCGUCACCAGCCUACAGCACUGGGAGUUUGCACCCAACAGCGUUCACUACCUGUUGAGUCUGUGGCAGCGUUUAGCCGCGUCCGUGCCCUACGUUAAAGCCACAGAGCCUCACAUGCUGGAGACUUUCACACCCGAAGUGACCAAAGCUUACAUUACGUCUCGUCUGGAGUCUGUGCACAUCAUCCUGAGGGAUGGGAUGGAGGACCCUCUAGACGACACCGGGUUAGUGCAGCAGCAGCUGGACCAGCUCUCCACCAUCGGCCGCUGCGAGUACGAGAAAACGUGCGCCUUGCUCGUCCAGCUGUUUGACCAAUCGGCUCAAUCCUACCAAGAGCUGCUCCAAUCAAACUCCAGCACUAUGGACGCUGCCGUGCAGGAGGGGCGUUUGACGUGGUUGGUGUACAUCAUCGGGGCCGUUAUCGGGGGCAGGGUUUCCUUCGCCAGUACAGACGAGCAGGACGCCAUGGACGGAGAGCUUGUGUGCCGAGUUUUGCAGUUGAUGAACCUGACAGAUUCACGGUUGGCACAGGCCGGGAACGAGAAACUGGAGCUUGCCAUGCUCAGCUUUUUUGAACAAUUCCGGAAAAUCUACAUUGGAGACCAGGUGCAAAAAUCCUCGAAGCUGUACCGGCGGCUUUCAGAGGUGCUGGGACUCAACGAUGAGACGAUGGUGCUCAGUGUGUUCAUCGGCAAAAUAAUCACUAAUCUGAAGUACUGGGGACAGUGCGAACCAAUCACAUCCAAAACACUUCAGCUUCUCAACGAUCUCUCCAUCGGAUACAGCAGUGUGAGAAAACUGGUGAAGCUCAGCGCCGUCCAGUUCAUGCUCAACAACCACACAAGUGAACACUUCUCCUUCCUGGGUGUGAACAAUCAGUCCAAUCUGAGCGAUAUGAGAUGCAGGACCACGUUUUACACCGCGUUAGGACGUCUGCUCAUGGUCGACCUGGGUGAGGAUGAGGACCAGUUCGAGCAGUUUAUGCUUCCUCUGACUGGUGCGUUUGAAACCGUCGCUCAGAUGUUCAGCACGAACACCUUCAACGAGCAGGAAGCCAAGAGGACGUUGGUGGGUUUGGUGAGGGAUCUGAGGGGUAUCGCCUUUGCCUUUAAUGCCAAAACCAGCUUUAUGAUGCUCUUUGACUGGAUCUACCCCUCGUACAUCCCGAUCCUCCAGCGAGCUAUAGAGCUGUGGUACCACGUUCCAGCCUGCACAACACCUGUUCUCAAACUCAUGGCUGAGCUCGUACACAACAGGUCUCAGAGGUUACAGUUUGACGUGUCCUCGCCCAACGGAAUUCUGCUGUUCAGAGAAACGAGCAAGAUGAUCACGACGUACGGGAACCGCAUCCUGACGCUGGGUGAAGUGCCGAAGGAACAGGUGUACGCUCUGAAGCUGAAGGGAAUUUCCAUCUGUUUCUCCAUGCUGAAAGCCGUGCUCAGCGGAAACUACGUCAACUUCGGGGUCUUCCGUCUGUACGGCGACGAUGCACUCGACAACGCACUCCAAACCUUCAUUAAACUGCUGCUCUCCAUCCCACACAGCGACCUUCUGGACUAUCCAAAGCUCAGUCAGUCCUAUUACUCUCUUCUGGAGGUGCUGACGCAAGAUCAUAUGAACUUUAUCGCCAGCCUCGAACCUCACGUUGUCCUGUACAUUCUGUCAUCCAUUUCAGAAGGACUUACAGCUCUUGAUACGAUGGUGUGCACAGGCUGCUGUUCGAGCCUCGAUCACAUAGUGACGUAUUUGUUCAAGCAGCUGUCGCGCAGCACCAAAAAGAGAGCAGCUCCGAUGGCUCAGGAGAGCGACCGCUUCUUCCACAUCAUGCAGCAGCACCCAGAGAUGAUCCAACAGAUGCUCUCCACUGUACUGAAUAUCAUCAUAUUUGAAGACUGCAGGAAUCAGUGGUCCAUGUCUCGGCCUCUACUCGGCCUCAUCUUACUGAACGAGAAGUAUUUUGCAGAUUUAAGAAACAGCAUUGUAAACAGUCAGCCGCCGGAGAAACAGCAGGCCAUGCACUUAUGCUUCGAAAAUCUAAUGGAGGGAAUCGAACGCAACUUACUUACUAAAAACCGUGACAGGUUCACGCAGAAUCUUUCAGUAUUUAGGAGAGAAGUGAACGACUCCAUGAAGAAUUCCACGUACGGUGUCAACAGCAACGACAUGAUGAGCUGACAUUCCACUCGGCUGCAGGCCCUGCCCACUCGACUAGACCUCGUCUCUGGAGCCCACAGCCCCCCCAACCCCCCCCAAAAAACUCCACUCUUUCUUCCUCCCUUUUUAUAUAUACACAUAUAAAUAUAUACAUAUUUUAAAGCCAGUUUCCAGAACCCAUGAGUGAGGAACGGUGUGUAUUGGGGGUGUGGAGCGUGCGUGAGUGCAUGCGUGCGUGCGUGGGGAUCGGAACAGGGUUUGUGUGUGUGUGUGUGUGUGUGUGUGUGUGUGUGUGUGUGUGUGUGUGUGUGUCAGAGGAAGUAGUGUAUUAAAUGCUAUGAUAUGGAGUUGUAGAUUGGCAUCAGCUCAUGUGUUUAGAGUGUGUGGUGAGUUUUUUUCAGCUCUGUGGGGUGAUAAGGAAGGUGGGAAAUGUGUGAGACUGAGACACUGUGUGUGUGUGUGUGUGUGUGUGUGUGUGUGUGUGUGUGUGUGUGUGUGUGUGUGUGUGAGUGAGAGGGGAAGGAAGGGCGAGCUGCUCUGUUUCUGCCUGCCUUGUAUAGAAACACGCAAGAGGAGAAAAAGUGUAAAUUUUUUUGUCAUAACGAUUUUUGAUGAUGUUUAUAAUGCUUACAAAAAUGACAAAAAACAAACAAACAAAAAAACCGCGUGAUUGGGUAAAAACCGGAUCUUUUUACAGUGUAGUUAGAGCAGCUGUGCUGAAAGUGUGGCUUGUCUGUGUGUCGAGACGAAGUGACUGAAAGAUUUGCUGUGUUCGUCUUGAGAAUUGCGAAAUUAAAGGUUUUAUGGAUGUACAUUUUCCUCAAAACGAGCCUGAAAAAGGGCCAAAAUCAAAACAAAGCGCCAGAAACUGUUAACGCAUUUUGUUUGACGUGCAGCAAUGCCUCUUCAUGGCCACAAGGGGGCACUGGCGUGGCAAAUCAGUUUGUUCAUUUAGAGUCUGCUUUCAAAGUUCGGGCCCGAAAGCUUUUUCUUUGCUGAUAUUUGACCUCAAUCCCACCGGCAUCAGCGUCCUCAUCAGGUAGCAGGGUUGAAGAUCACGUCCGAGGAACAAAUUAAUUCGAGCAUGGACAAUCAAAUGUUGGCAUUCUUUUGGAAAUAUUUAUUGCUCCUGUUGAAGAUUUCAUCACUCGGAAAAAAGGGAAGCUGUAAUAUUGAAAUUCCAUCUGAGCUCUCCCGUUCAUCCAGAGCUGAAGCAGGAAAUCCACCAAUGGGAGGUCGAGACGGGAGAAUUUGGCCAACCAACUCUUUGUCUAGAUUUUUUGAAGACUGGAAAAAUGCAAAAUGACGAUUGUGGAGGGACAAAAUCAUUCUACACUUCAUAUCUCACUAAUGUUUUGGUUUGUUGUUUUUUUCUUAAUUUUUUUUUUUUUUUUUUUAUGAUUAUUUUAUUAACCACAGUCUGGUGCCCCCUUACAGGUUGCCACUGCGUACCUUAAAACACAAAACCUUGGUACUAAACAUCGUUAAAGCAGGAGCUGAUCUCACACUUUGCCAGUUUGUCUCUAGCUUGCCCCUCACCCCCUAACUCUUCUUUUUUUUUUUUUUUUUUCUUUCCCUGAAGAAUUACAAUUUUUUUAAACCACAAAAAGGUGCAUCAAAAAUAUGGUAGAUUUCCAAAAAAACCUGAACCCGAAUGGAAUAUUUUAGCGACUUGUGCUAUUUCUCAACAUGCCGCUGCUAACUGUUUGUGAAGAACUAGCUCAUCUCUUUAACCAUGUUCAACACUCAUACAAUUACUUCUUUUUCCCUUUUUUUUUAAAUUUUUUUGGUUCCCUGGUUUGAAUGUGUCUGACGUGUGUGUGUGUGUGUGUGUGUGUGUGUGUGUGUGUGUGUGUGUGUGUGUGUGUGUGUGUGUGUGUGUGUGUGGAGUCUUUCUGAGUGAUAAGGUAGCUGGUUGAAUUGUUUGGAUGUCUGCUACAUAUAGUGUAAGCAUUGUGACUGCAAAUAAACGUCAUUGGUUUGUA